UAUCUACAUAGAUGGAACCACAAAGUAUCGAUGAAUACCGUCUUUGCAGCCCGGAUGGAUGGAUGGUAAUCUCGGACAUUAAUGAUACCAUCGAGUACAUCCAGCACGAGAACCUAUUGGAAUCGUUCGCAUCACUUUCGCAGAAAAGGCAUGUCCGAUCUGCGGUAUGCAGGGCUAUACGUCUACAUCCAAAGACAGUCGAUGGCUGCUUGCUUUACUUAUCAGCCUCGCUGUACAAUCUGAUUCCCUUUCCACCAGAUCUCUUGUGCACACACUACCCUCAGGGUACAUACUGCGAGAUUUUUCGUUGAUGGACUUACAAGGGCUCCUCAACUUCUUUCAUCGAGAAUACACAAGAGUACAAGGUGGUCCGGAUGGAGAAAUUCCGUCGAUGGUUUCCCUGCAGACAGACCUGGAAAGUAACAAACAUCUCGCACAGGUAAGAACAGGAUUCAGAUCUUUGAACGACCUGUACAUCUAUUUGAGCGUGUGGAAGAACUCGUGGCAUGAGAUCAUGGAUCCGUUUCAACGAAACCCCAGGGCUCGUCUUAACACUAACCAAGAAUCGAGAGAUCAAUGGAUUAAAGACACUUCCAGCCUCAGUGAUCUCGAGAGCUGAUGCCUGAUAGACAGUGGCGAUGAUGAUCUAAGAAUUUUAGAUCCGACUACGUCAACAUGAAGAAAUCCGGUGGUGGCAGC